AUUACUGAAGACUGAAGACUGAAACCAAAAUUAGGUUUUGGGAGCGCCGCUUUAGUCUGUUGCGCAACAUUUUCGCUGGGGAUGGCGGAUGAUGGGAGGAGUUUGGAAGAAGAGAAUCGACAGUUAAAGUCUGCACUAAAAGUGUCUAUGCAGGAGAAGUAUGAAGCAGCUGAAUAUGGUCUUACCCUUUUGGAAACAAAUCAACAACUCAAAAAUCAGCUUGAUGAAUUGGGCGGAAAGUAUGAAGAAUUAGAUCGAGAACUAAAAAUUACUCGCAAGAGUUUAGAGGAACAAAACCUUAUUCAACGUAGACUAAGUAUCGCUGGCUUCCAGGAGGAGGAUGACUUGGUAUCCGAGUCGGCAAACAGAGAACGUGUCUUAAGGAAUCAAGUGCAUGAUUUAGAAGUGGAAUUAAAGGAGCUCAGACUCAAGUAUGAGCGGCAAAUGGCGGAGAAUGACACGUUGCACAAAAGGAAUAUUGAACAACAGUCGGCUCAUGAAGAUCUAGAGAAACAGUUUAGGAACCUGAAAUCUGAUAUUAGAGAUGCUAAAGCAAAAGAAGUUCAAAUCUUAAACGAAUAUGAUGACUUGGAGGCAGAAAAUUUAGAGUUACAAAAGACUAUACUUUCCUUAAAAACUAGUCAGGUGGAAUUUGAAAGCGUACGGCAUGAAUUAAAGCGACUACAAGAGGAAAAUGAUGUUAUACAUGUCCAACUGGAAGAAAUAACUCGUUUAAAGCGGAUGACCGAAAAGUCCUUGGAAGAUGCUUUAGAAUCACUUCAGAUUGAACGUGAUCAACGUCAUAAUUUACGCAAGGAACUUGACAGCAGAAUUAUAUCGGAUUCAAUAAGCCACCUCAGCGAAUUGCGAAACCUAAACAAUUUGGCAAAUGUUAGCAAGCUUAGUCAACUUCAGGAAAGUAAUACUGAAUGUCAAAAACUAGAUACCAAUGUGUCUACUAAUGAACCUCCUGGAAGUGAUGUGAAGAAUCGAGAAGAAAAUAAGUCUGGUUCUAAGCAUCCUUCGCCAGACGAUCUGCUGACUGAAUUAAGAACUACAGAAAUCGCCAAGUAUGAGGCAGAAUUGGCUCAUAUAGAAGCUGAGAAAAAUGAACUUACGAGAACACUCGAAAUUACCCAGCGAUCUCUUGAGUUGGCUACAAGUGAAGUUUCAAAUAAACAGGAGCGUAUCAAUGGGUUACUGGCUCAGUUAGAUGCAAUUAUGUCCGUCAAAUCAGAAGCAGAUUCUGAAUUCGAAGUCAAAGAAUUGGAAUUAGAAGCACAACCAACUGCAAACUGUAAAAAUGCGAUGGUGGAAUCCUGCAUUUCAAUGACUUCUCAUGCAGAUGAAAAUGAAGAUCCAAAUACAAACACACAAAAUGACCUAAAAAGAUUACGUAGAGCUCUACGGCUAAAUGAAAAUCGUUAUUCCGUAGCUUUGCGUCAAAUUGCCAGCAUGCAACAUGAUCUUUGGAGAUAUCAUGAGCGUGAAAAAAUUGAUUCUCGACCUGAACUAGCUUCAGAAGAAUCCUUAAAACAAGAACUGGUUCGCUUACAAGGUAUUUUGGAACAACGUAAUGAGGAAAUAAAAACGCUACAGCAGAAGCUAUCUGAUAACGAACAAACUAUUUGUACGAAUUAUAGUAAGAUCUGUUCUGUCACGGAAACUUAUAAGCAAUGUCUUAUUGUUCUUAUCGGGAUUUAUAGCUUUGUGUGCUCAGUUAUUAAAGUAUCACCACAUAAACAAGUGAGCGUUUUAGGUUUCGUUUCUAUCGUUUUGUUUUGUUGAUAUGUCUAGUAUGUGUUAGAUCUGAUCCUCAUAUCGCAGUUGUUGGGAAAUAUUUGGGUUGUUUGCAAAUUUUUUGAAAUUUGGUGAGUAAUUGUGUAGUUCACAAUGCUGGCUGUGCUUUUAGGUUUGCCCGUUAAGGUGAUGUGUUGUCGGUAAUGUUUUAGUUUACAAUUCAGUUCCGAUAAAUAUUUAUAGGUAACACUACUGCUUUACAAUAACCAUCCCAAACAAGCAAUUACACCGUGUCGCGUUAUCGUAAGAAUUAAUCUAAAAUGGAGUUAUUAUGUGCAUGGUCCACCAAUGUGUUUUGUUUAAAUGUAGGCACUGGUGCUGUCCUGAACGACAAUAAAAGCUUCUCAGCAAAGCAACCCAGCCUCGAUUUUCGUCCGCUACAUUAAUGUAGACGUCAGUUGCUUGAGUACUGUACGAAAUAUAUGAACCAGCAGGUUAUCAUUAAUUGAUACAUUAGGGUCACACAUUGUAUAGGGCUGAUAUACACCUUGGUAUACCAGUAAUAUGAACUAAGACAGAGGCUCAAAAUAGGAGAUACAUUUUAAGGCAAUAUCAGAACGUUUUGAAAAUUGGUGAUGCCUUUUAUGGAUGUGGUUAUUGUUUUAUCACUUUUAGUAAUCAACCAACAUUGCUAGGUGGAAUUUGGAUUUUAAAUUGGUUUCUUUCUGUUCUCUAAAUUUUUAUUUAUUUAUGUUAAUACAUAGAUAUUGGUACAAGGAGGUGCCAAAUACAUAUGCGCCACACAGAUCUCAUUUGAUAUAUGUGAGGGCUGUGGUGCUGCCCGGGUGCCCAAACCGAAGCAGGUGGUUUUCUUAAGGGGCCACACCCGGAGCCUUCGACCUGAAGGUCUGAUCCACAAGGCAGUGGAGCAUCGUAAGGAGAUUCAGUCCCCCAUGAUAGCUGGUGACUAACGAUUGGUUCACACGCAAUUUGUUCCUUCAGGAUACUGGAGCUCAUGUGCACCAUUGGUUUGGAAUCAGGGUUUUCCAACUCCCCUAGGUGGGCUCUCCAUGUCCAGCAACCCGGCUAAAGCGCCGGACAUUCGCUUUUCGUGCUCUCAUUUUCGUAAACAACCCCGCCACGAGAAGGCGAUGAGUAGGACUUCCCUGGCAGAGGCUAUAUACGUGUGGCCGUGUGAGAGCGUUUCGAGAGGGAGAGCGGACUCUCCCCACUCUCGGCCGUACCAGGGCAUUUGAGUUCUCUGAAUAUUUCAGUUAAAUAUUUAUUUUUGCGCCGGCUUUGUAUUCGACUUUUGCAUAAUUAAAGCUGUACAGUACUCUUAAAAGUAUGUGCCAGGUAUUUCUUUUUCUAGCCAUGUAAAAAGCCUAAUCAAAUAGAGUAACAGAUUUGCUGCAUUGUUCUCACUUCUUUUAAGUGGUGAUUAUAUUUCACGUAGUUUACUAAUGUAACUCUUCAUAGAAAGUUUUGUUCCGUUUUUAAGCAAUUUUUGUUUGUUUUGAAAAACAUGUCUUUUUAGGUUUCGGUUUUAUUUACUUCUUCAUAGGUCGCUUAUGUAGCGGAUCGUUUUAAUAUCCCUCUUCGUAGUGAGAAAGAUUCGUCGGAGAAUUCAGUCGCAUCUGAUCUAGUUGGGACAGAUAAGUCUAUUGAUGAACAGCUGGGACAAGAUUGUGGAAUAAAACCAACAGAAUCUCCCACGUCUAAUGCAAAAACAACCAGUACUACUACUACCGAAUCUAAUUUCGAAGUGUUAUCCGAAGAAGCCGAUUUGCAUCUUACCGUUGUCACACAACUGCGUCAUCUAGUUAGCACAUUCAAUGAAAAGUAUUCUCAGAUUUCAAAUCAGGUACAAAUAACAGUGUUAUAAUCAAGAUUUAUGUAGCUUUUUUAAGUAUUAAAAACAAAGCAACAUGUAUAAUUUAAAUUAUACGAACUAGUUUAACAUAUUCCAUACUUAGUUAACACUUGUCGUAUAUAUCCAAGGGUUUUCAGUACACCGGUCGUAUAUAGGAUUUGGAAACUGAUGACAGACUGAACGAGUCUAUGCAUGUCAUGUGACCAUACUCACACAUUGCCUUAAGGUGAAAUGGUAUUUGAGAAAUUAUAAACGAGGCACGCUAUUGAGGGAAGUCUAUUAUAGUUCCAAUAGAGAGCUUAAUCUAUAUGUCUUUGUUUGGGUCAGAGAAACAAGUUUUUGUACCAAUGAUUAGUGUGCUUAAUUAUCCAGUUUUAUCAAUUACAGCUUCCUAGCAAUUUACAUCUCCAUAGCAUAUCUGAUUGAGCAACCACAUAGGAAGUGCGUGUGUGUGGGUCUGACUUCGUGGAUCAGGUCAAAAACAAUAUAGUCUUUUUAUAUUAUUGUCUGAGACAUAAAUAUUUUCAAAAAUUAUUGUUCUGGUCAAACCAUACACCUAGAAAUCCUGAAUUCUAUGCUUGUGAGUAGCCCAGACUAACCACUAAAGCGUAUCCAAAAUGUUAAAACAGUUUACAAAUAUUUUGAGAUCCAUCUUUACAAAUAACAAUAUGUUGAAGUAAUGAUAUAUAUAUGACAAACAAAAAGAACUGAUUUGUUUCUUAUUCCGUAAUUUCGUUAUGUUAUUCACAUUUUCCUCCAUGUAGAUUGGCUUAUGAAAUCGUAUGAUCAAUUAUGUUUUGUGAUUCGAAAUAAUAAUUGGGCUUCAUAAGAUUCCAUUUUAUGAUAACUGUGUUUGAAUUUUACAACCGUUUAUAUCAAAUUGUAUUAUCCUUUUCCCAAAAUGAAGGUUUUUAACACAGUUCAUUAUUAAUCAUUAGUCAUUAUUAAGAAAAAAAUUGUGUACCGUCAACGCAGGAUUUCUGACGAAUGUAGAUCAUCAGUCCAAAUAUUCCAUACCUCAUAUCAGCACAGUGUGGUAGGAAAUUAACAAAAUGAUGCUCAAACAUGAGAAACACAGUUCAGAAGGAGCUAUAAAAAGCUUAGAAAAAGAGAUUUUACUGUGAAAGUUUCACCCCAUCUCGCCUAUCAUUUCGUACCGUAAAUUAUGAUUAGUUGGGUCACAACCAGAAGGCCCAUACCUACUGAUGUGGAUCAAUUCAGAAGUUAACAGCUCUUAGGAUUGAUUAUAUGCCUUGCUCUGACUCCCGCCCUAGCUUCCUUGCGAUUUAUUCCUAGUUUACGUAGCACUGCGCGUCUUGAUAGACGGUGUUUAGGUUUGCAUAACAUUAUUCAGUACUUUAUUUCUGGUUAGUUGUAGUUUGUAAAUCUCAAUAAUAUUAUUAUUACUAAUGUUAUGAAAUAGGUCCCUGGACGUAGCAGUUUAGAUAUUGAAGAGACCCAACAACAAAACUUGCGUUUAAAAAGUCUGUUGGAGACGAAACGUGAACAAGUACACACAUUGCGUAAUAUGCUGCGAGCCAAUAAAACUACAGCUGAAACCGCUCUAGCAAAUUUAAAACAAAAAUAUGAAAAAGAGAAAAUUAAUGUCAGUUCAACAAUGCAACAGUUACGUAGUGAGUUGAAGACACUUAAAGAAGAUGCUGCAAUCUAUGGUUCUUUACGCGCUGUAUUCUCCCAACGUUAUGAUGAAUACAUGACACAAUUAGAUGAAAUGCAAAGGAAACUAAGUGUAGCUGAAGACGAAAAAAGAACUGCAAAUACUUUGUUACGCCUUGCUAUUCAGCAGAAAUUAGCUGUUACUCAACGACUUGAAGAACUUGAAGUAGAUCUCUAUCAAAAACAAAAUUUUGACAUUCGUUCUGGCCAACCUCAUCCACCUUAUCAUACUAGUUCAAUUCAACCAUCUCCUAAUUCCCUUUUAUCUAGUCCAAAUCACCAGCACUCUUAUUCUACAUCAAUUCAUAGUCAGCGACAUUCAACUCCACAAAGCUUCCCCCCAAUUGAUCUUUCCACCCUUAGAUCAUCUACCCUUCCGAAUGCUCCUUAUUAUACCGGUUCAAGUCCACAACAUGGAAGUAUGUCGUCCAAUGGCAGUGGUGCAAGAUUAUCAGGUCCAGGAUCCGAUAGAAGCAAAAGGAAUACGCGUUUCAGACGUGAUGGUGUGACCUGAACAUAUUGUCUAUCCAGUCGUCUGUUACAUAUAUAUAUAUAGCCUUCAACCUGUUUUUUCUAUUUAGGCUAUCAUCAGAUGUUUUUUUUACAUCUCAUUAUGCAUACGCUUGUAUAAUAUGUUUUAAACAGUUUGUGCUCGUUUAUUGUAAUUAUUUAGAGCUCAAUGUUCUUGCUUCUUCACACAACUUAGUUAACCAUAUAUCGUGAAUUCGGUGAGAAAAUUUAAUCUUUUUACUAGUAUGAUGGAUUGUUUAUUAUGUGCAAUAUAAAUUUUCUUCUUUUUCAAUCGAUCUCUCUAAAAUAUACAUUUUAAUUGUAAGCAGUUAGAGGAUUGUGUCUUUCUUCUCCUUUAUUAAACGUUAAUUCAUAUCUCUGGACAUUUUCAUAGGAUAUUUAUAUACAUCUCUCUUAACAAUAUCUGUUCACUGAAGAACUCCAAGUUUGAUCACUUACGUGGAUUUCAUGUCUCUCUGGAUGUUUUCGUUUCUUAAUUUUUAUCCAUAUUUUUAUCAUAUCGUGUUGUAAUAUCUUAUUAUUUGUUUUUAGUAUGAUAAAACACUCACGUAAAUAUAAAUAGCAUGUUUUUCAUUAUCGUUUUGUUUUACCUAAUUCUAUUUCUUCUUUUCCAUAUGUAUAAAAGCACUAAAGUGUACAAUGAAAUUUUCUUUUCUUCUUGUUAUUCUUCGUGCCAGUCCUUUUAAUUUACUUAUGGCGUUCAAAUAGAAUGCUUCAUGGAAAGUUUGGAUUUUUCUUUUGACAAUAAUUUGUUUUUCUUCAUCUUCGUUCUCAAUGUAUGGUGUUAAAAAGUAACAAUUCGUUCGAAGUCGUUGUUUUUUGGUUUCAUUCAUCUAUAAACCUAUUUAUGUUUGUGAUGGUUUGAUGGAAUCCUGGUGAGAAUUAUUUUUAGUUCCUUAGAAAUGAAGUAAUUCGAUCAUUCGACUUCAUAAAAAAACUAUCGAUUUUAACCCCAUAUAAGCUCAUUUACUGGUUUUCUUUCAUCAAGAUGUUUGUUUUUGACCGAAUAAUGCCGUGUGGUUGGCAAGUAUGAAUUGAAUAAUACUUUUAGCUGUAACUCCACGCAACGCUUCACUAAUUAAAACACUCGCAUUUAAAGCAUGUUUCUUAUCGUUGAAGUAUAUAGUGCGUCAAAUAUUUUACAAAAGUUUAUAUGUGUUUUGAUUCUUUAUGAUAAACAUUCUUAAACAAUUAAUAAGUUCUCUUAUCUCUGUGGAUAUUUGACAUUGCUUAUGAAGAUGUUAGAUUUCUUAUAUCGUAAGUCAACUGCAUAUGAAGUACACCAGAUUUACCAUGUGUUAGAUUAAAUACUCUUGUAUACUUAACAAAAUAGAAUUUUGUUCAAAUGGAGCGUCCUUCACAUUCUCUACACAAAAAUCGAAGCAUCUAAACUUUGUGGUAAAUUUGUUCAAAAUCAAGGACGUGACACGGAGAUCCAAGUUUUCUCCAAAGAAUAUGGAACUUCUCAAAAGUUCGUUUUCUAUUGUAGAAUCGUACAGUUUAUAAAGUAACUGAGCUUUAAUUAUAUAUGCCUGUAAAGCUAAACUUUCCGUAAGCGUAACUACUAAAUAAAUACAGUUCCUGAAGAAUUUAUAGCUUGAUAGUGUUAAUGAAUGUCUCAGUCUUUCGCCAAAAGCGACUUUGAGCACUAAUUGUAACAUAUGUAUGAAAAAUAUAUUGACAGUGCUUAUUCAGAAGAGAUAUUCAACAUUCAUUUUCAAUAUACAUCAUAUAUUUUGUACAUCUUUCUCUUUUUAUUUAAACCUGAAUUAGUUUAAGUAGAAAAGUAUGAAUCGAAAAUUAAUACUUCAAAUAACAUUCCUGUGUUUCCAAAACCACGUUGUAACUAAAACUUGUCUUCUCUUUAUUACUUAGGUGCAAUUAACAUAGACUUCAUACAAAGCAUUUUGAUUUUUCUUUAUUUGUAACUGAAUAUAAUACUUAGUUUGAGUUCAUUAAUAUCAUAAUUUAACAUUACUUUCAUGAACAGAUAAAACCAAACGUAGGGAAUAUUGUAGAUAGUUAUAACUUUGCUCACUUGAAAAGCAUAUGUGAUCAAUUAUUUGAACUGAAUGAAAUGGUUUAAUGUUUUGUUCUACGUAUGCAUAAACGAAUGUCAGCCUAAUUAAUAUUUUCUUUAAUCUAUCUCACGUGGUAGUUCAUUGAUUGUUUUAAUUAUUUGCGUCAUCCAAGAAUUACACAUUCACUUGCAGAGAUGCUAAUGCAUCAAACACAUUACAUGUUUAUAUGCAGCUUAUUCAAGUAAUUUUCUUGGAAUCACAUGUUUCGCCUAUUCUUAUAUUUUGCGCUUAGUUGCUAGGCUUGGAAUGACCACUAGUAUUUAAGUAAAUGCUCACCACUUAGAUGUGAUAUGACCUUGGAGUAACUUUUAUCUACCAAUCACGGAACCGUAAUUUUUUUUUACAAAAAUGUCUUCUAUUAACUCAUUUUAUUGUGUCACUAAUUAUUGUUCAACUUGUGCGUUUUUAUUGCUUCCAUUGUUUUUAAUUGACUGGACUGGUUCAUGUUCUAGUUUUAAAUGUAUUAUUUUUGUUUUUAGAAAUAUAAAAAUAGACAGCUACGUAUUUCUA